AUGGGAAGCGGCUUGCCAGAUCCGACACCUGCCAAGCGCGCCCUCUCGCCCCGAGCGAUACCCGGGCUGCAUUUCAACCCGGGCUUCCGCAUACCUGACGACGUUGCCGAGGGCGUCAGACGGGCGUGCAUGGAGCAGUAUUUCCGCCCGACCGACGGCGACCCCACCGGCAAGCCGAAAUUCAACCAGGUCCAGCUCUUCGGCCUCUGCACGCUCUCGCCGGCCCUCCAAGGCUUUAUCGUCACCCUGGCGGAGCUUAUGCGACCGCAUCUGUCUCCGGAGCUACAUGACCUUCUGUUCAACCCGGACUACCCGGAACCUUCGCAGCACAAACAGGACCUUUGCUCGCCGUCGUCUACCACCCCUUCCACCUCCUCCGCCGCCCCGAAGCGGCAUCGGCAAGCCAUUUUGAACCUUUACGAGCCAGGCGAGGGUAUCACCCCGCACGUCGACCUAGAGAACCGGUACGGCGACGGCAUCGUCGGCGUUAGUCUCGGCUCGGGUUGUGUCAUGAACUUCCGGCAUGACCUGCGUGGGCAGCACGAUCUCUACCUGCCCAAGAACUCGGUCGUCGUCAUGACUGACGAGGCUCGUUUUCUGUGGCAGCAUGGUAUAGAGGGGCGCGAGGUGGAUCUCGUAGAGGGCGAGCAGCGCCAGAUGGGUAUGAUCAAGCGAGGAACGAGGUUGAGCAUCACUUUUAGGUGGUUGCUGCCAGAGGUCGUGCCAGAUCCGCCGGACGCGGCGUGCGAUGGGGAGCCAUAUCUAUUCGAGGAGGACGAAGAGGACGAGAGCGAGAUACCUCUGUUUGUCUGA